AUGGCGCACGCCACACUCCUCCGCUCGUUGCGGCCAACUGUCGCAUCACGCCUCCCCCGCCGGUCGCUUCUCCGACAUGUCCACGCAGGCAGCUAUCAGCCCUUUGUUCCACCAUCGCCCGCAUCCCUGGGAAAACCAGCUGCGGCCAAAGAAUACAAACGGACUCGCAAAUGGCUGCGACGGCUAUUCUAUACAUCCCUCACGGCCGGUGUCAUCUACGGCGUCGACAACCAAUUCUACGCAUCCUCUCUGACUCGAACGGCUCGGACCUUUUCCCUCGGCCUCCUCGUCGCCCUUGAUUACAAGAUUAAUUUCAGACCAAAUCCACCGCUGGCGAAAUCCAUCAAUACGGUCCACGGCCGGAACGCCGAGCGCCUGUCCGAUCUGUUACGUCACAAUGGUGGGCUCUACCUAAAGAUGGGUCAAGCGAUUGCGAUGCAAUCGGCCAUCCUACCGCCGGAGUUCCAACAAAUGUUCUCUCGCAUGUUCGAUGACGCGCCGCAAAAUGGCUGGAAAGAGGUGGAGAAGGUCAUUCGGGAGGAUUUCGGCAAGUCCCCCGAAGAGGUCUUCGGCAUCUCCUUCACUGGGGAACCGGGUAAAGGUGUUAUGGAGCGCAAGGCUCGUGCCAGUGCCAGUGUCGCUCAGGUGCACUGGGCUCGUCUGCAGGAUGGCCGGGAGGUUGCAAUUAAGAUCCAGAAACGGGAGAUUGUACAGCAACUGGCCUGGGACUUGUUCGCUUUCAAAACCGUGACUUGGAUCUACAGCAAAAUAUUCGAUAUACCCUUCUACAGCUUGGUACCCUACAUCAGUGAGCGAUUGUCCCUCGAGACGGACUUUCUCAACGAAGCCGAUAAUUCAGAGCAGAUGGCGCGGCUCGUUGCUGGAGAACCCCGCCUACGGGACCGUGUCUACAUCCCAAAGGUGUUCCGUGAGCUGAGUUCACACCGAGUCAUGACUGCCGAAUGGAUUGAAGGUGUACGGCUUUGGGACAAAGAUGCCAUCACUCGCUCAUGGCGUGGCGGUUGGCGCGAGGGUAGCCCUGGUUGUCACGGAACACCAAUGGACCCCCCAUCAAGCGCUGCUGCCCCCAUGGAUCCAAAUCUGUCAAAGGUCAAACCGGAGCGCAACCACUGGCGAGGCCAGAACAACCGCGGUGGACUGGGACUAUCCCUCAAGGAUGUGAUGACGACCAUGGUUGACCUGUUCUCUGCCCAAAUGUUCCUCUGGGGACUGGUACACUGUGACCCUCACCCAGGUAACAUCUUCAUCCGUCGAAAGCCAUCUGGUCAACCGGAGCUGGUUCUCAUUGACCACGGCUUGUACAUUCACAUGGACCCUGAUUUCAGACACCAGUACGCACGUCUCUGGAAGGCCAUGCUCACCUUCGACAACGAUACAUUGGGUGAGAUUGUCCAGAAAUGGGGAGUUAAAAACACCGAUGUCUUCGCCUCGGCAACUCUGAUGCGCCCUUAUCGCGGCGGUGACCUGUCGACCCAGCGCGGCCUGGAGGGAUUGAGCAAGUCUGAACGAGCUCAACGUUCCUACGAGAUGCAGCAGGCUGCACGCAAGGCCGUUCGUGACAUUCUUGGCGACGAGACAAAAUGGCCGCAGGAGUUGAUCUUCAUCGGCCGCAAUCUGCGCAUCGUUCAGGCGAACAACCAGUUCCUUGGCUCGCCGGUUAAUCGCGUCAAGAUUACCGGAACCUGGGCCUCGCGGGCACUGGUCGAAUCUCCCGAUCUAUCUCUGCCAGAAAAGAUCCGCAAUCUUGGCCGGCAUAUGGUCUUCCGCUUUGUCUUGUUUACGAGUGACAUUUUCUUCUGGUUCACCAAGAUCCGACAGUUCUUGCAUCUUGGUGGGGGAAUGGAAGAUGCCAUCGAGGCCCAAAUGCAAGGCAUGGCUAAGGAUAUGGGGGUCGAACUGAACCAGAACGUCUUUGAGGGAUGA